AAUUUUUCCUUUGUCAUAUGGUUGUCAUGUUUGAUCAAUAUCCAUAUAUGUUUAAUGCUUCAUCUUUCUUGCUUAAAUAAAAAAAAAAUAUGGCUCCACUGAUAUGUACUCAAAAUUCUUAUUCUCAUAUAGAUUAUGGUACUCCACUUUUGGCAUUAAAAUCCACUGAUUAUAGGACUUCUACUGGUAAAAACCAUCGUUUUAUAGCUGGAAUUUCUCAAGACUUUGAUUGUCGAGUAAAAGCCAAAAUAAAACCUGAACUAUUAGACAGAGAUGUAACAAUUCGUGAUGAAUAUAAAAGUAUUUAUUCCAAAGAGUAUAAUAAAAAAUCAGUUGAAACUGAUAUACUAAAAAGCCACGAACGACCUAUGCUAAAUGAAAGAGCAAAAUAUAUUAGAAAUAAUCAAGAAAAACUUUUCAUGAAGCCUCCUCCCAUAAAACCAAGUACUUUGUCUGAAAUGAAAGAUACCUACAGGUUUCAUCAAAUACAGCAUUCUGAAGACAAAGUCAUGAAUAAUAUAUGCAAGAUUCCAGAGACUUAUCAACCAAUACAGCCAAAUAUAAAUCCUGCAGAAAAAGGAUAUUAUAAACUUUUAGAUAUUUAUCUUACUGAGAAUAAGUCCAAUUUUGUCCCUUGUACAAAUGAUCAACUUAAAAAAGCUCAAGAAGACAUAAUAACUUAUUACAACUCAAAUGGAAAGCAUAAAGGAUUUCCUGGAGAAUUACCUGGUAAAUCUCAUGGGCGUACAAAUAUGUAUGAUAAAAGCAUUUUUAAAAUUGUAUUUCCCAAUAGAUUUUUAUCCUCAGCACCUAAAAGAGUACCUAAUUUUGGCAUGGUGUCUGAAUAUCAAUCAAAUUAUCCUAAACCAGCGCUAUCAGAUUUCUAUCCAUAUUUAAAGGAAAAUGGUGUUUAUUUCACUGAUUCCUUAUCCAAUUCUUCCCAAUGGCAAGAUUUAUGUCCUCCAGCAAUGUAUUGUACAGAGAAUUGCCAUAUUGGAACAAGCUAUCCAGUGAGAGCAGUUAUCGAUAUUAAUAAUAUCGGAAAAAAAUUGUUUAUCAGCCUUGCAGUGUAAAAAUAAACAUACACUAAAUAUAAUAUCCAGCGUUUUAAGAAUUGUUUCUUU